CAAGGUUCUACGUCUUUGUCAAUGAUUUCGUCUCAGCUGGAAAGGGACUUGCGUUUGUGACGAUUGCAAUCUAGACCUUAAUUUUCACAUUCGUUAACGUCAUUGAAUUGCAAUAUUUUUCCGUUUCACUGUUAAAUUUGUUGGGAGUUUGUGCUGAGGUCGCAUCCGGCCGGAGCCAUCCCUAAAAACUGCAACAUUUUCCCGGACAAGCUGACAUGUGUGAACAUGGCGGAUGUGGACGAAGACGGAGGUUCGACCGCCUCUGAGCGGUCCUCGACAUCGGCAGAGAAAACGAAAACCCCCCGGGUGGUCACCAUCGUCAAGAGCGACACGGGGUUCGGCUUCAACGUGAGGGGGCAGGUCAGCGAGGGUGGACAGCUCAAGAGCAUCAACGGGGAGUUGUACGCGCCGCUGCAACACGUUAGCGCGGUGCUGGAGGGAGGGGCGGCCGAGAGGGCAGGCAUUAGCAAAGGGGACCGCAUCCUGGAAGUUAAUGGCCUGAAUGUAGAGGGCGCUACACACAAGUACGUGGUGGACCUGAUCAAGCAAGGGGGCCACGAACUGACUCUCACUGUCAUCUCCGUGCCAAACUUCAAAGAGGACCAAGGGGAGCCCAGCGAUGACUCCUCGGGUUACUCAUACUACGACUUCAGCGACCGGAAACCCAUCCCCAUUACUGUGCCGGACUACCGACAUGUCAACACCGCAGGAGACAAGCAUGUGGUGUACAACAUCUACAUUGCGGGCAAGCUCAAGAAGUCCCACCGAUACAGCCAGUUUUCAGACGUGCACAACCGGCUAAAGCGGGAGUUCCCGGAUUUCCAGUUCCCCAAGUUCCCCAGCAAGUGGCCGUUCUCGUUGUCUGAGCAGCAACUGGAGCAGAGACGCAGAUUACUGGAACAGUACUUAGAAAAAGUAACAUGUGUACGAGUCAUCGGCGAAUGCGACGCAAUGCGGGAAUUCCUGGACUUGGAAGACACAGAAAAGCAGGAGCCAGUGGAAAACAAAACCAAAGCAGAAGAGACCCCGACGAAACGAGAAGAUCAAAGCAAAGCCCAGGUGGAGCUGAGAAUACUCCUACCAGACAGAACGCAGGUCACUGUCACCGUCCGACGGAACAACACAACCCAAGAUGUCUAUAAUGCUGUUGUUCAUAAAAUUGGCCUGGAUCCAGAGAUGUCACAAUAUUUUGCCUUGUUUGAGCUCCAAGAAAAUUUUGCAAGGAAGCUUGCCGUCACAGAAUUCCCCCACAACCUGUACAUUCAGAACUACACCAAAACCAGCACCAGCCAGAGCUGCCUGGGCAUACGCAAGUGGAUCUUCUCACCCCGCCAAGAACUGUUCCUAAACCACGACCAGAUGGCCAUGAAUUUCCUCUACUGUCAGGCGAUUGAUGACAUCAGUAAAGGCUUCAUCAAGCCCGGUGACAGUUCCUCCUUGUAUGAACUCAAAGCGCAUCAGGAGAAAUCCAGCAAACUACAGUACUUAAAAGUAGCUCGAGGCCUAGAAGGCUACGGUGAGAUCGCAUUUCCCCAUUGUCCCUGCGAUGCCAGAAAGGCCGGCCACGUCAUUCCCAUCCUCGGCUUCCGUUUGUUCAAGCUCCAGGCGUGCAAAGAGGACGGAACAUUGGAGGAGCAAGUUCCCAGCUUCCAGUGGGGUGAGAUCCAGCAGUAUGAAACGGACGAGGAAGGCAUGACAUUCGGCUUUGAAUAUGCCAAGGAGGGCAAGAGACCCCGAUGGGUCAAGAUCCACACCAAACAUUUUGACUUCAUGCAGGAGUGCGUAGAACGCAUCCUGAAGGAGCUCAAAUGGACCCAAGACAACGCCAACCACAAACAGGACCACGCCGAGCAAGAGGACGAAGACGAAGAAGAAGACGAGGAAGAGGAAGAUGAUGAUGAUGAUGAAGAAGAUGAAGAGGAGGAUGAGGAAGAGGAAGAGAGAGCCCAGGCCUUAGCAUCACAGAAGACCAAGGACUCGACCAAUGGAAGGGCCAGGAUGGAGCCACAGUCAGGUAAAAUCUUUGACACACUUAAUGAGGACGACCUUUGAGGAACGACCUUUUGAGUAACGACCUUGGAGGAAAUGACCUUCACCCGAGCCUUGAUUGAAGAUUGACCGACGACGUACCAAAACAAUCGCAUUGCCUUGAUCGUUUGGAAUGGACUUGACUUGAAUAUUGAUGAGUACAUAUUUACAUAUUGAUGAAUAUUGAUGAUACAUAGUUAACAUAUUGUACAUUGUUUUGCAGAAUUAUAUUGUAAUAUAUCUUAUUGCUUAUGGCAAAGAAGGUUAACAUGCAACCUGAUGCAGUACAAAAAGAAAGUUAUUAACAAUUAGAGAAGUUACUACAUUCUGAAGAAAUUUGAAAACCAAAAUGAGGAAAAGUGUCAGAACAGAGGAGAAAAUAUGCACCCUAAUUAUUUUUUGUAAUUGUUACUUCAAAAAUGUCUUCAACCAAUACAUAUGUAGAUUAUCAGAAGAAAGUUACAUGUUACAUUUAUAUCCAAGCUUGAGCAAGUCAACCCAACAUUCUUUGUCAGUGUAUAGUAUACAACUAUUGAGUACUUGGAGUAGUGUGGUAAAACUAGCCUUCCAUGGUGAUCCACGGAGCGAUCUGCUUUCCUGAGGCAUAGCUGAGAGCAAUGGAACGCCGAAUGGAUCAUCAAGAGACCGGAGGCUACACCAUGAGUUAAAGCAGUCAAUAUUUGUUGUAUAGCAUCUCACCCAUAGAUUCUGCUUGCUUUUAAGAGAUAACUGAUUAGAUUAACCAAAAUCCAAUUACAAUGUACUUCUGUUUCAAUUUGAAAUUAGUUGAAAAUUAACUUGCACUUUUCCAAACUUACCAUGAAAUGUUUGAACCCGAUUCUGUAGUGCGUGGGAACCCGUUUGCAUAAAGACCCCUGGUUGCUAUGUUGGUUUCUAUGCAUAUAGUACUUUUUCAGAUCGAGGCAGCCAUUAUAUAAUCUUUAUGGCUGUGCACAGCUAGUAAAAGUACCGAAUGCCAUGUGACUCGCUCUCGACCAAUCAAGAUACAGAAUCUGUGGGUGAGAUGCAAUAAUACUUGUUGUUUCUGAAUGUUAGUGUGCUGGUAUCCAGUCUAAAGGCUUGUGUGUCCAAGCAUUUGCUAACCGGAUUAGCUACUUGCAUUAUAAUGUGUCCAAUUAAAAAGUCAAAACUUCUUUGAAAUUGAGAAUACAAAAAUCCAGAAAGCUUUCAGUAUUGGUGCUUUUUAUGACCGCAUAAUACAUGUAAUAAAGUCCCAUUUUUAGGUUGUAUGUCACUAUAUAUCUUUUGCUGCAUUUUUUUUAGUUCUCUGUGUAAUCUUGGCACCUUUGAGGGAGGGCAGUUUGAUUUAAAAAAAAAAAAAA